AUGGCGGAUGCCGAGACACGGGUCGUCUCCGUCCAACGCCUUAACCAAGGCCCUGGGGCCCGUUCCCUAGCAGAAUGGUGGGCCGACGAGCGCGAGAGUCAAACACCAGAGUACAAAGCUAUCGAAGAAGCCGCGAAUUUACUCCGCAAACAUGAUAUCCCCGUUGCGUUCCCUACAGAAACGGUUUACGGCUUGGGUGCCGAUGCCACACGCAGUGGCGCCGUUCAGGGAAUCUAUCGCGCGAAGCAGCGGCCCUCAGAUAACCCGUUGAUCGUUCAUGUCGACUCGGUUGAUAUGCUUGAUCGACUGUUGAACCCCUCUCAAAGCAGCCCUAGUUCAACCAAGACACCACGAAACCCUCUUCCGUCGAUUUAUACGCCUCUUAUCGAACGCUUUUGGCCAGGUCCGUUGACUAUUAUCCUGCCCAACCCGUCUGGCUCGGAUUUAGCCCCGGAGGUUACUUCGAACCUAACGACCUUUGGUGCUCGCAUGCCUUCCUCUCCACUGGCUCGUUUACUUAUUCAUGCUACUGAUCGCCCACUCGCCGCACCGUCCGCAAAUGCGUCUACGAAGCCCUCUCCCACUACGGCACAACACGUCCUCCAUGAUCUAAAGGGACGCAUUGACCUGAUUCUCGACGGGGGCCCGUCGGGCGUUGGGGUCGAAAGUACCGUUGUAGACGGUCUAUGCGAUCCACCUGCAGUCCUACGACCGGGAGGCAUUGGCAUCGAAGAAUUGCGCGAAGUUCCCGGCUGGGAAAACGUCACAGUGGGCUACCAGGAUGGUACCCUAGACGUGAAAGAGAUCCCCCGCGCUCCCGGCAUGAAAUACCGACACUACUCACCGAAAGCGCGAGUGGUCCUUUUCAAAGCAGGAUCCAAUCCGGCCGGCGUGACACGUCAUGUUCAAAAUGACUUGAAAGAUACAGCCAUUGGCGCGCACAAUAUCGGUAUUGUGCGAACCCGGGAGUGGGCGCAGGGAUUAGGUCUUGCUCCGGAUGAUGUGAUGGCCAGUACCAUUACGCCUAUCUCCGCGCCGAUCAAUGACCUGUUUAGCUUUCCCAUCCCCGUGCAGCCUACUGGCAGCUCGAAUAGUCGGCUUAAAAUUGCAUACGAUUACCACCUGGGCUCGGAAACGGUAUCUAUUGCACAGGGGCUUUUCGCAGCGCUGCGGGCGCUCGAUGAGCUUGACGUGGAUGUGAUCUACGUGGAGGGAAUCUCCGACAGCGACGGUGACCUGGCGGCGGCGGUGAUGAACCGACUUCGGAAGGCGGCUGGUACGGAGAUGAAGGUGUAG